AUGGAAGCCACACAGCAACUAGAGAAGGAUGCGGGCUUCAUGGACAAGUACAGCCGCCAGAUCGGCGCCUUCGGGCUCGAGACUAUGGCCAAGUUGGUGAAGCUCAGAGUCCUCAUCGUGGGGCUACAGGGAGUGGGCAUUGAGUGCGCCAAGAACUUGAUCCUCGCAGGCCCCGGCGCCAUCACACUGCACGAUGACGGCAUCGCGGAGAUCAAGGAUCUGGGCACAAACUUCUUCCUGACGGAGCAGGACGUGGGUCAGCCGCGUGCUUCUGCCGUCUCGCACAAGCUGGCGGAGCUCAACAAGAUGGUGUCGGUUGCCGUACACAAAGGUCCACUGACCGAGGAGGUGGUGGCCAAGCACAACGUGGUGGUCUUCUCGCACACGACUCGCAAAGAACUGGUGCGCUGGAACCACUUCUGUCGCCAGCAGUCGCCGCAGAUUGGCUUCAUCACGUGCGACAUCCGCGGCGCCUUCGGCUACGCAUUUACGGACUUUGGCGACGAGUUUAAGGGUUUUGACGCCACGGGCGAAGCUCCUAUUACUCGUAUUAUCACGGACAUUACGAACGAUAAGGACGGCAUGCUGAGUAUCUUGGGACCCGAUGAGGACGGCAAGAUGCACGAAAUGCCAGACUCGGACCACGACGGAUGGAUCGAGAUCAGCGAUGUGCAGGGCAUGAAGCUCAAGAGCGACCCGAACCAGUCCAUUAACACGAUGGGACCGCGUCGCAUUAAGUUUGCCAACAAGAAGGUGUUCCGUAACGGCAAUCAGACGGAAGUGUUCGAUGCGUAUCGCCUUAAAAUCGGCGACACGUCCGAGUUUACGCCGUAUGAAGGCGGAGGUGUUUUCAUACAACACAAGAAGCCGUUCACGGUGAAGUUCAAGUCAUUUGAGGAAUCGCUAGUGUCGCCUGUGCCUGAAGGAGAUUUUGGCCUCAUGUUCACGGACGGUGCCAAGUUUGGCCGCGCAGAGCAACUUCACGUCGUCAUGUGGAGUCUGAUGGAGUUCGAGGAACGUCAUGGCCACUACCCAGAGCCGCACAACGAUCAAGAUGCCGAUGAAGUCUUGGCUAUUGCCCAGGAAGGUAUUCAGCACCUCUCGGACUUUACUCGGGACGGUGCUCACAAGCAGGAAGUGAUGGAACUGGAGGAGUUGGAUGAGAAGGUCGUGCGUCAGGCUGCUCUCUAUUCGGCUGUCGAGCUGCACCCUCUUGCUGCUUUCUACGGUGGUGUCGUUGCCCAAGAAGUCGUCAAGUUCACGGGCAAGUUCACCCCAUUAAAGCAAUGGCUACACUUGGAUGCAUUCGAAGUGUUGCCAGAUGAGCGUCCAGCAGACGCGAAGCCGAUUGGCUCGAGGUACGACCACAUGAUCACGGCGUUUGGACUGUCGUUCCAUAAGCAGCUAGGAAACGUUCGCACGUUCCUUGUGGGCUGUGGUGCUCUUGGCUGCGAAUACCUGAAGAACUUCGCUAUGAUUGGUGUUGCAUGCGGCGAGAAGGGUCUUGUGACGGUCACGGACAACGACCGUAUUGAAGUGAGCAACCUGAACCGCCAGUUCCUCUUCCGAGAACAGAACGUGGGUCAGCCCAAGUCCGUGGCUGCUACUGCUGCGGUGCAUCAAAUGAACGCUGACCUGAAGGUGAAGACACUAGAGCAACUGGUCGCUCCUCACACGGAGAACGUAUUCAAUGGCGAAUUCUGGACUGAUCUGGAUGUGGUCACGAACGCGUUGGAUAACGUGAAGGCGCGUCUGUACGUGGACAGCAAGUGUGUUUUCCACAAGUUGCCUCUGUUGGAGAGUGGCACGCUUGGUACGAAGUGUAAUGUGCAGGUGGUGAUCCCGUACAAGACGCAAAGCUACGCGGAUGGUCCGAAGGAUGCUGAAGGUGACGGUAUCCCGAUGUGCACGCUACGCAACUUCCCCUCUCUAAUUGAGCACUGCAUCGAGUGGUCGCGUGCACAGUUUGAAGAUCGUUUUGUGGUGCCUGCUGCAGAGGCCAAGAAGUUCAUGGAAGAUCGCGCAGCAUAUCUAGACCAGGUGAAGAAGGCUACGCUUGAAAACCCGAACCCGAAGCUUGUUGCCGCGGCAAUUGUCCAGGAGCUGGAGCGUCUUCGCAGUCUGCGUGCUACUUUACACACGGCGAAGGAUAUCACGUUCGAGAAGUGUGUGACGCUGGCGUUUGAGCUUAUGACGUCGCAAUUCCGCGACCGCAUCCUGCAGCUGAUUCAUAACUUCCCGGAGGACCAUUUGACGAACUCGGGAGAAAAAUUCUGGUCGGGAGCCAAGCGUUUCCCGCAAGCAGUGGACAAGUUUGACCCAGAAAACCCGCUGCACCUCAACUUCGUACGUGCUACUGCCAAUAUCUUGGCUGUCUGCUACGGAGUUCAGCCGGCCCCGGAGCAGAAAUUGGUCCCUGCUGAUUCGGAAUGGCGUGACCCAUCCACGUAUGAAGAGCUUGGCAAUAAGUAUGCCCCUCCGACUUGGAAGCCGUCGAACGAAAAGAUUGCCGCCGACUCGGAUGAGAUUAAGCGUUUGGAGCAGGAGAAGAUCAAGAACUCGAACGACUCGGACAAGAAUGAGCUUGUGGAGCUGCUGCAUGAGCUCGAAACCUUUGAUCUCUCAGGUCUGUCGCUCGAGCCGGCGGACUUUGAGAAGGAUCAGGACAUGAACUUCCACAUCGACUUUAUCUACGCGGCGUCGAACCUGCGAGCCUUCAACUACCGCAUCCGCGACGCGUCGCGCCACAAGUGUAAGAUGAUUGCAGGCAAGAUCAUUCCGGCUAUUGCGACCACGACGGCUUCUGUGACUGGAUUGGCUAUGCUGGAGAUGCUCAAGUUGAUGCAGCAGAAGGAGCUGGAAGCUUUUAAGGACUCGUCCAAUUCUCUGGGUUUGAACAUGUAUCUGAUGCAGGAGCCAGCGGCCCCUGCUCGUGCUAAGGACGAAUACGACGUGGUGGAGAUGUCGGAGGUCAAGUGCAAGCCUCCUGGAUUCACCAAGUGGGACUCCACUCUCAUCGAAUUGUCAUCUGAUUCGACGCUUGAGGAUUUCUUGACUCAGUUUAAGGAAAAGACGGAGCUAAACUGCGACUUGGUGUUCCACCGUGUUGCGGAAAUGGGCAACACUAGCGCUGCGGAGAAGGAUCUGCGCUACCGUACUGUCAGCGGAUUGAUGCUGUACGACCGCAAUGCCUUUGGCAAGGCGCUGAAGGAGCUAUAUGCUGAUCAGAUGACUAAGCCUCUGCGUGCCUUCGUGGAAUCACGCUAUGAAGGACUCGUAGACUGCAGUCGCAAGUACAUUGAGUUGCAGACGUCGUGCUCCGAUGACGAUGGAAACGUGUUCAAGGUGCCAACGGUCAUUUGCAAGUUCAACUGA